UGGAAUUUGGUUAUGCGUGAAAACGAGUGAUCUGCUGUAGGAAGCUUCCACAAUGCUGGUGCUGGCGUUCAUGCCUCUCAUUCUUUGUCUGAGCAAGUCAGCUUUGGCUUCCUUCGGCUCCAUUGCUGAGAAUGAAGAUGCUCUCCUGAGGCACUUAUUUCAAGGGUAUCAGAAAUCGGUUCGACCGGUUGAAAACUCCAAUGAUACAAUAAAAGUCCUCUUUGGAUUAAAGAUAUCUCAGCUAGUGGAUGUGGAUGAAAAGAAUCAGCUGAUGACGACAAAUGUGUGGCUGAAACAGGAGUGGGUAGACCACAAGCUGUGCUGGAACCCCCAGGACUACGGUGGGAUCACAGCGAUCCGCGUUCCCUCAGAAUCGCUCUGGCUCCCAGACAUUGUUUUAUUUGAGAAUGCUGACGGACGGUUUGAAGGCUCCCUGAUGACCAAAGUCAUUGUGAAAUUCAAUGGAGUAGUUACCUGGACUCCACCAGCCAGUUACAAGAGUUCCUGCACUAUGGACGUUACAUUUUUCCCAUUUGAUAGACAGAAUUGCUCCAUGAAAUUUGGAUCUUGGACAUAUGAUGGCAGCAUGGUGGACUUGAUCCUAGUAGAUGAAAAUGUAGACAGGAAAGACUUCUUUGAUAACGGAGAGUGGGAAAUCCUAAAUGCGAAAGGCAUGAAAGGCAACAGGAAGGACGGGUUAUAUUCUUAUCCAUUCAUCGCUUAUUCCUUUGUUUUAAGACGCCUCCCCCUGUUUUAUACUCUUUUCCUAAUUGUCCCAUGCCUUGGAUUAUCUUUUCUGACUGUGCUAGUGUUUUAUUUACCUUCUGAUGAAGGAGAAAAACUUUCAUUAUCUACAUCGGUUUUAGUCUCGCUUACUGUUUUUCUUUUAGUGAUUGAAGAAAUAAUCCCGUCUUCUUCCAAAGUUAUCCCUCUGAUUGGUGAAUAUCUAUUAUUCAUUAUGAUUUUUGUAACCCUGUCCAUUAUUGUGACAGUUUUUGUUAUUAAUGUGCACCACCGGUCCUCAGCAACGUACCAUCCAAUGGCUCCCUGGGUUAAGAGACUCUUUCUUCAGAAACUGCCUAGGCUGUUGUGCAUGAAGGGACAUGUAGACCGCUAUUCCUUCUCUGAUGCUACAGGAACUGCCCCAGUGCUAAAAUCAAAGUUCUCAGGAAAACACAAGCACAAACAAAUAAAGGAUGGAGAAAAAAUUGUGAUUGCUUUUUUGGAAAAGGCUACUGAUUCCAUCAAGUAUAUCUCUGGGCAUGUUAAGAAGGAGCAUUUCAUCAGACAGGUAGUCCAAGACUGGAAAUUUGUAGCUCAAGUCCUUGAUCGGAUCUUCCUGUGGCUAUUUUUGGUGGUAUCAGUGACAGGUUCUGUUCUAAUCUUUACCCCUGCUUUGUGGAUGUGGUUAAACAGCAGUUUGUAGAAAAAAAAAAAAGGAUUGGUGUAGGCCAUGUUUUAAACAUAGUUUCACCUUCAGACCUCCAUUCAGAAGUGCAGAGCAAAUGAAGGAGGCAGUGAGAAUACUUCACCUCCUGGUCUCAGUAAAUGAUGUUAAGGCUGAUUAUGUCAAUGGAACUUGUCAUUCAAACAGGGCUUCACAUCCUUAAGUUGCUGUAGAGUUUGAGGGCUCCAUUGUGUUAACCUGAGGAUGGUGAGGAUUUACUCACCCACUGAAAUCCAUGAGACUACACGGUGUGCAAAGCUUCAUCACUCAGUUCACAAUUAAUUAAUCCCAUUAAGCCUGAUUAUAUCAAAAUAUGAUUCUCUGAGUUUUUAAAUAAGACUAUUUCUUUUGGAUGCAAAUAUUCUAUUAAAAUGUGGAAUCCUCAUGUAUUUAAUGUGUUACAUUCAAGGAGAAGUUAAAUAGUAUAUGAAUAUUAUAUAGGCGCGGAUACACUGAGCUAUCCAGUAUACUUUAUCUUUAAGCAUAUGCA